ACCCACAUGACGAAGGUCCCAUUUCCGGGAGUUUUGAACGGGGGUGGCGAUAACUUUCAAGUGUGAACAGUUUAGAACGAAGUUUGUUUUUGAAAAAAUCCUCAUUUUUUUUAUUACUAAUACGGAAUUGCGUAAAGUUUAUUUUAUAGGGACAGAAGCAUCAGAAGCAUGCGGCAUGUCGCAAACAGGUAGCGCCAGCCUAGGCCGCACCUGGCUGGUUGUUGCCCUGUUGCCUCUGAUAACGUUAGUGCCUGGGGUAUGGAACGGGUUCGCUUGUCUCAGCAACCCUUGCAUUCAUGGGGUUUGCCUGGACGAUUUGAACUCGACCUAUUUUUGUUAUUGCAUAGAUGGUUAUACGGGUUUUCAAUGUCAAACGAACUGGAACGAAUGCUGGUCUUCACCGUGCCAAAACGGCGGGGUAUGCGUUGAUGGUAUAGCCAGUUUCAACUGUACAUGUCCUCCUGGAUUUGUCGGCGAUUUGUGCGAAGAAGAUUACAACGAAUGUGAGAGUAAUCCUUGCUGGAACAACGGGACAUGUGUCGACGCCCCUAACGGGUAUAUAUGUCAAUGUCCACCAGGUUACUCUGGUACUCAUUGCGAGAUAGAUAUAGCCGUAUGCAAUGCGACAGGGGAGACGAGAUGUUUGAACGGCGGCAUGUGCAUCGAAGGACCGGGAGAUACCUUCGACUGCAAAUGUCAACCGGGUUGGGGAGGGAUUUUCUGCGACCACGAAUUAGACGAAUGUAUGUCAGCGCCUUGCCAAAAUGGUGGAGUAUGCAUCGAUUUGCACGCGGAAUAUUCCUGCGCCUGUCUUUUUGGCUACACCGGUAAAAAUUGCGAAGAAGUAAUACAAAUUUGCAAAAAAAAUCCUUGCAAAAAUGGAGCUCUGUGCUUGAUUGAAGACGGCGUAAACGUAUGUUAUUGUGUCCCGGAUUAUCACGGUGACUUAUGCCAGUUUCAGUACGACGAAUGUCAGUUGGGACCUAGAUGUCUCAACGGAGGUACGUGUAUAGACGGUACUGAUAAUUUCACAUGUUCUUGUCCGCCAAACUUAACUGGCGUUUUCUGCGAGUGCCUUAUAUUAGCAAACAAUCAUUUAGACUGCGAUUACGUAGCACCAAGUACAACUAUAAACCCGUGUCAACCAACGGUAUCGACCAAACCAACCAUCCAAACCAUUCCUACUAUUUACUCGAGUGUUUUUACCACUCCUUCGACGAGCACUUUUUUCACAUCUACGGGGACCACCAUCGAAGUGCCAAAUGCCACAAGUACUUUCGCCGAAACGACUAUGAUCGGCACCACAACCGAAUUAUUAAUUAAGUCAACAACAACUCAAGAAACUACAACUUGGGCGAAAAUUCCAGUCACCACGGAAUCCGAAACGACUGCCACUGAAUCAAAAACCACCGUUUCCUCUUCCAAUCCGACUUUCUCGACCGAGUCGUCCUCCAGCACAACGGAAAUUACAAACAAAGCGUCAUCUACGUUCGCGGAACCUGAAACCACCAUAACAGACGAGUCUACUACGACGUUCACAAUGACUGAACUGGAAAUUACCUCGACGCAAGUACCUGUUUAUUCGACUUCCAUUACACGUUGGAUCGAAACAGCUACCACCCUCUCUUCCUCAACUAUUACUAUCCCAACCGCUACCGCUAUUACUUCUACGAAUUCCGAUGUCGCCGUAUUCGAUAACUUUACUAUGUCUCCCACUUCGACGCCAUGGAGUACAUUCGGAACUAAACCCGAAACUUUGAGUACUACAACCGCCGUCUAUACAAGUAGCACUUCCUUUGCAUCUACUUCCGGUGGACCAACAACGCCGGACCAAAAGGAAACAAACAGAACUUUUCCCGAGGAAACUAUAGCAACGCAACCCUCGCAAACCACAUUUUUUACUAAACAACCAACCAGUACCGUAGAAACCGAUAUCCCCGGGUCCGCAACAACUCCAGAAUCGACCACUAUUACCUAUUUCGAUUGCACUUCGCCAAAAGGACAGUGCCAAAACGGGGGGACUUGUAUUUUUGUCGAACGGGGGCACAAGUGCGUUUGCCCAUUCGAUUCCGAAGGAGAGUAUUGCCAAAUCAAACUCGGUAUCAGAAGCGCCGCCUUCAAUGGCAAUUCGUAUCUCGUACAUGGUUUGCCGAACCCGCUGAACAUGCGGAUCGAGUUUGAAGCCAGAACCUUAUCGAGUAGCGGUCUGAUAUUUUUGGCGACCGUCGACUCUAGCUACAUGGCCUUAUACAUAGAAAACGGUUUUCUUAUGUUUAAGUUUUCUUGCGGGUAUCAGACUAUGUUACUCACGGAAAUAAAGGUUCCGGUAAACAAUGGGAUGCCAAUCAACGUUAAAGCUGGUCUCGAAUUAAUUAAAAAUGUAUCGCACUGCGACGCUGUGAUAAAAGUGAACGACACGCUAUCAAUGACGGGCGAUCAAAUGGCUAAAGUCAGCUCGUUUUCGUUGCAGCCUUCAUGGCUGUAUCUGGGCGGCAUUGCUAACAGUGUCUCGAAUGAUGAAAUACCUAAUGCCGGGUUCAUUGGGUGCAUGUCAAAGCUGAAGAUAUCAGGGUUGAAUGUAAACAUUUAUAAAGACGCCAAAAAUGGCUACGACAUAAGCGAAUGCUCUUCGCUAGCCUGUCUUUCGAAUCCUUGCAAAAACGGAGCUUCCUGCACGUCCAAGGGUGAGACUUGGACGUGUCAUUGUCCGAAUGGCUACCUGGGGAAAAUGUGCGAGUUCUCCACCUGCGAUAACAACCCCUGUUUGUUCGGAGGCACGUGCAUUCCGUUUUCAAGCAGCGGGUACAUAUGUCUCUGUCCGUAUGGAAAGCACGGCCACUUUUGCGAAAACGAUCUCAAAAUUACGGAAACCUAUUUUUCGUCUACCGUCAGAGGACUAUCUUCGUUCGUGGCCUAUCCGCUUCCGGAAGGAAUAUCGCAAACUUUGGAAAUUAAUUUUAGAUUCACCCCUACCACGGUGGAACAAAUUUCGUUGUUGUUAUUCAUCGGUCAGUCUGGGCAACACGAUUUUUUUUCCGACCAUUUGGCGGUUAGCUUCGUAAAAGGCUACAUCAUGCUGACUUGGAAUAUGGGCUCAGGUCCCAGAAGGAUUUUUACUUCGCAACCCAUCGAGAGAGGCGCUAGGGACUAUCACGUAAAGUUGGGCUAUUCGGGCCGAAGAGCUUGGCUGAUGGUGGAAAAUCUGGGAAACGUAACCGGUAGAUCUCCGGGAACUUCCGUGUCGCUAGAUGUAGCACCCCUCCUCUAUUUGGGUGGUCAUCAAGCGAAAAAUUUUUCCUCUCUUCCGCAUGAUCUUCCGCUUCACUCUGGUUUUUCGGGAUGCAUUUUCGACGUCGAAAUAAAAUCUGGUAGGGUAAUCAUUCCUCUGCAGGGAACGACCAAUGCCAUCGGUAGGGCGGUCGGUCAAUGCGGCACCACAGAGUGUUACGAAAGGAGCUGCCAAAAUGGCGGGGCUUGUCUGCACCACGGCAGCACUUUUAUGUGUCUGUGCCAAGAUAAUUGGUAUGGCCCACUGUGUACGUCCAGAUAUAACUUGUGCGAUAAGAACCGUACGAAAUGUUCUGGACGUUCCAGAUGCGUACCGCUGUUUUACGACUACGAAUGCGACUGUCCCCUUGGAAAGACCGGAAAAUACUGCCAGAAAGAUGACAAUUUUACGGAUAUCAGCUUUCCGGGACGAAGGUCAUAUUUAUCAUUACAUCCAUUAGAAAUGGACAGCUCGAAAUUAAAUAUCGAACUUCACAUAAGAGCACUAAACGAUCAUGGCCUAAUUUUAUUCAUGGGCAAGAAGGAUUCGACCUAUGUCUGCCUAUCCUUGCUGGACGGACUACUCGAAUUAAAAGUUCAUUCAGGUAACAGCGGACUUAAUACAAAAGACCAGUUAACAGUAAGAAGUUCAAAGCUGCUAAUAAAAGGGAUUUGGUAUGGUAUUCAGUUUGGAAUAUUCGGAAGAAAAGUUUACUUGCAAGUAGAUCACGUCAUUAACGUUGGAGUAAUGGAUCACGGAUUCCUUCUAAGCAUGUCAAAGGAAACCAUAUUUUUAGGUGGACUUCCAGACAUGUCGGAGUUACCGCUUUCGGCGACUUCCAGCUAUCCGGUUCCCUACACCGGGUGUUUAAGGAACCUGGCGAUUAACGAGCAAAAAUUCCCUCUAAUUGCUGAGAAUAUUCAACACGCCCAAAAUGUUAAGGACUGCGAUGGUACGCCGUGCGGUGGAGAAGUCUGUCAAAACGGGGGAACAUGCUGGUUGGACUCAUUUCUCAAACCUCGUUGCGCAUGCGUCGAGCCUUAUUCUGGGGAAAAAUGCGAAAUUAUUCCUGAAUGCAGCAACGCCACUUGCCAAAACCAAGGUCGCUGUCAAAACGCGGCAUGCUCGUGUAGGGUCGGAUUUGGGGGUGCCUUUUGCGAAACAGAAAUAGAGGUAAAAGUCCCUUCGUUUUCCGGACGCAGUUAUCUUCUGGUGAAAAAACUCGCAGAAAAGAAAAGGAACAUAAGGAAUGGGGAUAUUGAGAAAUUACAUUUAAAUUUUACCACUGCCAAAAGCGAUGGACUACUGUUGUGGGCGGAUACGGGUGAGAGCUUUUUGGGCAUGGGCAUUGAAAGAAGUUUUAUCAAACUUGCACACGGCUCCAAUCAGAUCGACCACGAAGUUAUCGAAAUUCCUUCCUAUUACAAAAUUUCCGACGGUCUUUGGCACAGCAUUCAGCUCGUUUUCGAUCCGCCAUCGCUAAAAUUUGACGGCAGACCGUUAAAUAUGCCUAUUAAAUACAAAGAUUCUUUGAAAAGGUUGAACCUGUCGGACGAAGGAAUAUUUUACAUUGGCGGAUAUCCAGCGAAUCACGCAUUACGCGAAGAGCAGAGUAGAUAUUUUCCUCUCGGGUUUGAGGGAUGCGUCGACGGGUUCGUCGUGAACAGUGACAAACCCAUUCGCGACUUCAGAUCUUACGAAGGAUUUAACGUUAACGUUUGUAAAAUUUUUUAAUGUGUGAAUCAAGUUCUCCGCCAUUAAAGAGAUAUUUUCAAAAUGCCAAAGAUGAAAUUCUAAAGUAACUAAGUUUCUUUAUUUGGUAGCGAGUUGGCAAAGUUUGACUAACGAUAUACCGUUUUUACGACAUAAUCCAGUAUUUAAGUUUAGUAAAUUUCUAUGAAUGUCUACCACAGGCCUACCUUGCUUGGGUUUCUUUACGCAAUUCCACAUUAACGUUCCAGAAUCGUACUUGGCUACUUCGUGCAUACAAAUACAUUCAACAAAAUUGAAUAAUGUUAGUAUUUGGAAAGAAAUAAAUUGUAAUAUGUAAUAUGUAUAUGGUAACUCAAUAAAUAUGGCACACUGAGUCUUGAAAAACAAUUGAAUAACAGUAAGUUGGUAAUAAUUAAUUACAAAGACAAGACGGAAUAGAGCUACCUCAAAUUUUCGGAAGAUUUAUAAAGAGCAGACUAAUAUGAAUUAAUGUAACAGUUUAAUCAAAGAAAAUUUCCCUAACCUUAAAAUGCAACAGUCCGCACAACAGAGUUCUUGUCGGCUAACACGGAGCUGGCUUGUAGUACACCUGCUGAAUGUCCUUUCCGCUUUACAACAGGGGGUCUUAAACUCAUUCCGAAGUCAAAACCAUAAAAGGUUGUAAAAACGGUACAUCUUUGGGCGAACUUUACUAGUGAACCCGACCUAAACUGGAACGGAAACGACGUGAUAGUAAAGUGAAGGCAAAUUUUACAAUAGAAAAAGUCUUUUCUAACAUUUUAACAUUACCACGACAAGAUUAUGAUCGUCGAAAAUAUUUUACACCCACUUCAAAAAUUAAAACGAUAUAGUAAAGAACCAGCAAACAGGUAGAAAAAUCCGCAUUACUACCCGUCUCUCUCUAAAUUUAGAUCGAGUUCACUGGUUGCUAGUUUUUUUUUAUUUAUUUUUCGCACCACCUCCGUAGUAAGUCUCUAGAAUGAGGUUUAACCAACAGAAAUUUAUAUUUAACGUAAAUUUUAGAAGUGGAAACUAUUUACAAAUAGAAGCGCAAUAUAGAGUACUUAUAGGUGUAAGUGUGAGUCGAGAAUAUUGUUUCCGUUCCAAUGUUAACACUAGGCUUGGCGAAACAGACUGAUUAAAUGGAAAACGUACCAAUGCAAUACUAGAAAAAUACAAGAUGGUCUAUUAUAAUGCGGGAAAAAAUCAGCAUGGGAUUUCCUCCUCAAAAAUAACUUCCAAAUUUUAUUUUUUUUUCCAAUAUCAAACAUCAAUCCAAAUAAAACCUCUAACUCCACGUAGGGUGGGUCCCUGGGUACCUUUUCUUUUGUACUAAAUUUUUUUAAUAAUGCUUGUAUAUUUUUUUCCAUGACGUACAUUUCCCAGCUUCAUCUAUAGGAUAUUUACCAUGAUAAUACCAAGUACCAUGAUAAUGUGACAACUAACUAUUAGAACGUUCUCGACCGGUAGUUUCGUUUUUUGCACUGCAAACAGCACUUAAUAUUGUUAUAGUCAAUGUGUAUACCUUAUUUGUUAUCUAGUUCGUAUAAUUUAUUUAAUUUUCUUAGCUGCAAGGUUGCGUAUGCUGCUUGAGAUGAUUUAUUAAUAAAACAAUUAAAAAAUUUCGUCCUUUUUGUUAUAACAUAAUGACCAA